AUGGAACCAAAGGGGGAGCGGGGCGGGGAGCCCCAGCCGGACUCCCGGCCCAGAACGCUCCCACGGGGCCAGGAGAGACCCCAGCCCCCGGGGUGCCCGCGGGCACAACCCCCCAUCUGGGGGGCACCCACCACCCUGCUGCCCUCUGUUCCCCAAAGGAGUCCUGGAGAGGAGCAGGGGGGGCCCGUGGAAGGCAAAGAGACGCGUCUGAGAGUGGUGCUAAGGGUCCGGCCGCUGACCGGCACGGAGACGCGGCGAGGUGACCAGCAGGUUGUGCACAGCCUCGGUGACGGCGCCGUGCACGUAAGUGCCACCUCCCCGUCGGGGCACGAUGCCACCUUUGGCUUCAGCGCCGUGUUCGACGCCGGCGCCUCGCAGGAGGCUGUGUUCGAAGGCAGCGGGAUGAGGCAGCUGGUGGAGCUGGCCAUGGACGGCUUCUCCUGCACCGUCUUUGCCUUCGGGCAGACCGGCUCGGGGAAGACCUACACCCUGAUGGGACCCCUCGCCCAGAGCGAGACCCAGCCGGCAUCCCCGGCCCUGCUGGGGCUGAUGCAGAGAUCCUUCACCUGCCUCCUGGAGCAGAGCCGGAGCCGUGGCUCUGACCUGGCUCUCAGCGCUUCCUACCUGGAGAUCUACAAAGAACAGGUCCGGGAUCUGCUGAGCCCAGGACCACCGUGCGCCCUGCCCCUGCGCUGGAGCAAAACCCGCGGCUUCUACGUGGAGAACCAGCUCAGUGUGGAAUUCGAGAGCAUGGAGGCCAUCGUCCGCCUGCUCCUGCAAGGAUCCCAGAGGCGCCGGACCUCGGCACAUGCCCUCAACAGGCACUCGAGCCGCAGCCACGCCCUGCUGACCGUCCACGUCCGCAGCCGAGCCGCCAGCACCUGCCCCAGCAAGCAGGGCACACUGUGCUUCGUGGACCUGGCUGGCAGCGAGCGGGUGAAGGAGACCGGCUCCAGCGGGGAGCUCUCCGUGGAGGCCAACAGCAUCAACCGCAGCCUCCUGGCACUGGGACACUGCAUCUCCCUGCUGGCCAAACCCCGAGGGAAGCGAACACACAUCCCCUACCGGGACAGCAAGCUCACCCGGCUGCUGGCUCGCUCGCUGGGCGGCUCGGGCAUCACCCUGAUGGUCGCCUGCAUCUCCCCGUCCUCACGCUGCCUCUCAGAGACUCUGAGCACGCUGCACUACGCCAGCCGUGCCCGGAAGGUCACCACCAGACCCAUGGCCAACAGGGUGUCCCGGGAGAAGCUGCUGCAAACCUUGGAGCGAGAAAUCCAUGCCUUGCAGCUGGAAAACCUCUCCCUACGCCAGCAGUUGUGCCUGCCCAGAGUGCCAGUGAGGAGCACGGAGGUCGCAGAGAACCCUCCAAAAGCAUGGGCGGGCUCUGGAGACAGGCAGCCCCGUCUGUGCCCACACCACAGCGGUGACAUCGCAGCUGGCCCAUCCCACAGAGCCACGAGCAGCUCCUGUGACAGCCAGCCCCUGCUCCGGGGUGCCCGCACCCUGCACGUCCCCCACGGGCACUCGGUGAGGCACCGGCGGCCCGACACCACACCCAGCUCUGUCCCCCAGCUGCCGGUGCUGCCAGUGCCCACCGUGCCACAGCCAGUCCCCCCUGAGGGAAAUGCUGGUCUUCUGCCACCUGGACAGGAGGACACGGCUCUGCCUGGCUCCCAUCACCCCCACGGGCACCCCCAGCUGCACCAGAAGAAGCGGUGA